AUGGCAGAAAAGGAAGGAGGGGUUGUGAAGAAGGGGCACGAGGAAGGUCUGAAACUUGCGGUUUCACUGCUGCAAGAGUUCGAUCUUCCAGAGGGGCUUCUUCCUCUGGCUGAUGUGAUCGAAGUAGGGCACGUGAAGGGCACGGGGUACAUGUGGAUCGUGCAGAAGAAGAAGGUGGAGCACGAGUUCAAGAGGAUAAAGAAGUUGGUGAGCUAUGAUAGUGAGAUAACAGGGUACAUCUCAAAGAAGAAGAUAAAGAAGCUGAAGGGUGUGAAGGCGAAAGAGUUGAUGCUGUGGCCUCCGGUGAGUGAGAUCACAGUGGAUGACCCUCCAACUGGGAAGAUCCACUUCAAGAGUCUCGCUGGUAUCACCAAGACUUUCCCUGUUGAGGCUUUCGCUGCUGGCGAGUGA